AGUCGUCGCUGUUGACUUCCGCUCAGCAUAUGGGAUAAGCAGCACGUGUUUAGCUCGUCACAGCAGAGUUUUCCUGUUUAAUAACCUAACCUGUCUUCUUUAUUGGGACCAUUCGGUCUGUUUUAGCUCCCAGGAUAAACCAGCAGCUCCCAGUUUAGCGUCUCGCUGCUUCUGGGAGGAGAAACUGGGUUUUUUUCUGCUAACCAUCAGCUAAGCUAGCAGGUCCAACAUGUCUGGACUUGUUCUGCCGCACAGACACCCGAUGGACACGAUGGACUCGGAGACUCCAGGACAGUAAGGAUGGAUCAUCAGUUUCCUCCCAAACUUUUCCCGUCCUUCUAUAACCGCGGGCCGCCGGAGCAGCUGCCCAGAGGCCGCAGCGGAGGAUGGGGCGCCUAUGGAGGAGUCUCAGCCCAGGGCGGCAGUGGCCCUCUCUCCAGCUGGACCUUUACAUCCAGACGGCGGGUUGAUGGGGAGGUAUGGCGUCAGACGGAGCCGCUGCCGGUUCCCCUGCUGUCUCCCAGGAAAGCUUUCCAAGAAUAUUUGAUGCCUCCAGAUCCAAUGGACUUCCUGUCACAUUUGCAGAACUUCUUCAUAGACGAUGGUUUAGAUGCCUUCAGGUGCACCAGUGAGGUCCUGGGGGAAAACUUCUACUUCAAGAAAGCAAAGAAGAAGGAGAAAUAUCGUCAGGGUUCGGUCAACAUGUGGAGGACCAAGAGUUACAUCGAUCUGCUGAAGUAUAAACCGUGUCCCGUCUCGUAUCCCAGCAGAAGUCUCGAAAGGUUCUCCAGCCAUAUGUCGGACGUCGUGCACGACGUUCCUCUGGAGCUGCUGGGCUCGCUGCUCUACGAGGAGCUGACGGAGCAAAGGGAGCGCAUGCAGUUCUCAGAGAGAUCCACCGGGGGCGCCCUGGCCUAUGUCCCUUUCUCACAGAGCGAGGGCUGCCUGCUGUACCCUGGAGGCCUGGGAAUGGACCGCCUCCACUUCCACAAGGUGGCGCUGCAGAACUCCUGCAUGGACGCCAGCAGCGCUGAGCCGGUGAGCUUCCAGCUGAGGGCCCCCGUCCGACAGAUCAGCUGCGGCUCGGUCCUCGGCGACUGCUGCGUCGCCGUGCGCUCCGAUUACCACUGCGGCGUCUGGAGGUUCGGUGAGAGGAAGCAGCCGUGCCUGCUGCAGGUGGUGGACGCGGAAGCCGCUGCGACCUGCGUCAGCGUCAGCCCUCAUGUUCUAGGUGAAGUUCUGGUGGUUAGUGAGAGCGGAGCUGCCAACCUUUGGACGGUUGGGAAAGGGCUGCAGAAGGUUCGAACAGAAGAGAGCAACUUGUACUUCAAUGCCAAGUCGCCAUGGAGAUGGUGUGAGUUCUCCGCCCACCCGAGGGUGAUGGUGUAUGCAGACAGGACGGGGGCGGAGCUAACAGACUUCAGAGCCAAGGUAUCGGGGGCCCACCACACUUUGUUCCGGAUCAGCAGCACCUCCGAUUGCAGGAGUGGAGAGCGGCUCCUGCUGUGCCGCUACCUGGGGGACGUGAACACCUUCCAUCACCUGGUCGCCACGCAGCACUCGGCCUACGUCAUGGACGAGCGCUUCCCCUGCGUUCCCAUGCUCAAGUGUGAUCACAUGAUGCAGGCCCCGCCCCUUUUCUGCCACGUCGCCUCAGACCGGAGGAUGGGGGAGACCGCUAAGGUUCUGCUCGGGUCGCAUUCUUCUCAGGAGAUCACACUGCUGCAAUACUCGGGAGGUCGGUUGGAGGCGUGCUCCAGCCGCGGCGCUCCCCAGGCUCUCCUCAGGCCCACAGACAGUCUGACACACCUCCCCGUCCAGAUCCCCCACCGCCAGCAGGCCGCGGCCCAAAGACUGGCUUCCCCCGCUGCAGGUCUGACGUGUUUCCAGAAGAAAGGCGGAGCUGAGGACUUCAGCUUGUGCGUCCUGCAGCUGACGGAGGUGGGAGACAUUUUCUAUCAGAUCCUGGAGCGCCGCCCGCCGGCGGAGGACAAAUCCGGAGCUCCGGAGGCGCAGACAUCAGAACAGGUUCAGGUCUCCGACCCAGCAAGGCAUGGCGACAUCAUCACAGCGGCGCCAGAAACGCCCGACAGGAUUGUGUGUUUGGAUUCUUCCACGGAGGGGGCGGAGGACGAGAGUGGGACUCGGAAGAAGAUGCCGGUCGCCUUCAACGACGAACCGGGUUUGGAUGCAGAGGUCUGUGGCGGGGAGGAAGUGGAUCGCAGCUCCUGCUGGGAGGCGCCACUAACCAUCAGCAGCUCCACUGCUGAGACCUGGAAGCUCUGGCUGCAGAAGCUCAGGCUGACGGGUCAGAACCCAGAGACCGUCAGGCCGCAGAACUUUGUGGUCCAAACUGCCGGUCUGCUGCAAGCCGCCGACAGAGAUGCAGGAGGCGAGCUGGACGAGCCGCUGAGGCGGGAAAUGAAGGGCUGCAUGAGGCGGCGCUCGCUGCUGCUGAACGACUCUGCCUCCAUUAAAGUACCUUUAACAGUUCCUGCUCUGGUGAACGCAGAGGCCUGGACAGACGCCCUCAGCGACCGGCUGACGGCCGCGUGGCGGGGAGAGGAAGAGUGGCAGGCGUGGUGGCGAGACCAGCUGGGCACAAACAGGAAGAUGAAGGCAGACGCUCUGAGGAGGAAGAGGAGGAUGCAGAAGGAGGCGCGGAGGGCAGAGGGCCGCCGCUUCCAGCUGAGCGGCAGCUUCACCUCGUCCGUCAGCUACCAGACGGACCUGGACGACCCGUUCGAGUCCACGGGUUGGUCCUCCGCCGUCAGCCAGGGCACGCUGUCGGACGAAGAAGAUGGGGCGGUACUGCAGAGCGAGGAAGACCGCACGCUUCCCGUUACGGCGACCCCAGACCCCAUCCGGACCACCACACCUCAGAAAUACACUCCCAGCAGGCCCCGUCCCCUGCUCCCAACCCAACCAAACACCCCCCAGACCCCGAGAGCCAAUCAGAGGAGCUGGAGGCCGCAGGACGACUUCCUGAGCUCCGUGUGGGGAACGCAGGACGCGCCGCCGCAGAGCGAGGAGCCGCUCCCCUCCUCCUGGUUCCCCGGCUCCCAGUCCGGUUCCCUCAGACCGAGCCCCGGGUCUCUGCCGUCCUCCCAGGCCUCACAGAGCCAGCGGGGGCCAUCACAGGCGUCCCAGCCCAAAAGGAAGAAGUCUCGGAUGGGAUUCUGAUUGGAACUGCUCUUUGGUUUUUUUAUUAUUCGGGGAUUUAUAUAUUUUUUCACCUCUGAAACGGAGCUGGACGCUGAAACGGACCGCGCUGAUGGUCGGACCCGACGGCGGAGGAGGCAGAAUGGCGUCCGGCUGCUGCGGUAGGACUCGGGUGGCUCUGUUGUCUGUUUGGCUCUGAGAGCUGAUUCCUGUUUAAGGUGCAGAAGCCAAAGUUCACUGGAUCCACAGCUGAACGUGUGCCUGACGAUAAAAACCGACUCCGGACUCGCUGUUCCCCUUUGCAGGCUGGUUAGAACGGGAUCAGAAAAGGUCUGAUCAGCGUCAGACGGACCGUUUAACCACGAGAGAGCAGAGAGUUUAGUUUAGGAGGAAAUCCUGCUGGAUUUUGCUGCCAUGUCGACUAACGCUGGUAUCUAACAGCAGAUCAGGUUCUGGCUAAAAGCCUAAAAAUCUGCCUGAGAUGAUGAUGAUGAUG